AUGAACAUAGAAGUACAUUCAAUCAACACCGACAACAUGACUGACACACGCACCAAAGAGCUCGAGCUUCUCUCCCAUACCUGGCCUGAAAUUACCAUCACUCAAGAUUCAGCGGUUCUGGAAUUGCCCCUUGAGCUACAGAAUCCAAUCGAAAUUGUUCGUGGUAAUAAGAAACAUUCAAUCUCCCACCUACCACCUCUCAUUAUCUCGAUAACUCUCCCUGAGGGUUAUCCUGAGAAAUUACCACCUACUGUUGAGAUCUCCCACGUUGUCCUGCGGAAUGACGCGAUCACUAAACUUAAAAAGAGGGCCGCCUUUGUUUGGGAGGUGUAUGAACGUGUCCCUAUCCUCUCCGUCUACCUCUCUGAUGUCAUGGAAUUCCUCGACAACCACUUUGAUCCUGACUACAUCAACAUUUCUAACAAUAACCUCGAGCAAGUAGUGGCUUUCGAUCUCCAAGUCAAACAAGAAGCUUUCAACAAGCAAUCGCACGAAUGUGAACUUUGCCUCGAGCCUAAAGCCGGUUCGGACUGCUAUCAAACACAGGACUGCGGACACGUUUUCUGCCUUGAAUGCUUACGAGAAUGUUUCACAUUUCACAUCGAGAGCUCCGGGACAAGGUUGUAA